AUGAGUCUAAAAGGGGAGGCAAAGGCUGCAGAAGACGGUAUUGCAGGAUAUCGGCAACUCCUAUCGAGGUACAAGAGAGAGGUACAGUCUUGCAACGCGAAGAUUCUGGAGGUCGAGAAGGCUUUGCAGACUGGCACAGGACUAGUCCCGCUAGCCGUCCUACUCCGAGACAGAGAGAAAACUAUCGCUGAGCUGACCCCUCAUCUCACCAUCCGUGUCGAGGAGGUCGCCCACUUGCAUCAAAUGGAGAGCAAAUAUGAAAACCACGUCGUAGAGAUGGGGACAGAUUUGCAGUGCAUGUACGAUGCUAACGAUAGCCUUGAGCAGGAAGUCAGAAAAAUGAAGAAAGAAGUGAAGCGCGUUAUACGUGCUAACGAUAGCCUCCAGCAAAAGGUCACACUGUUCGAGAGCAAGACCCUGCUCAUAGAAGGUCAUGGUGGUAACAAGGUCGAUGGAGGCGGUGCCAACGGCCGGAGCCACGAAAAUCCUGGGGCCAGCAGCGAGCACGAGAGGCUUGAUGUUGAAAACAUGCCUGGCGAUAGUUGCAAAGACAACAACGGGGGGAGCCAAAACUAUGAUGACGCUAGCAUGACGACUGACAGUAACGACGUGAUAUCCAGGCAGACAUCCACGUCCAAGUCUGGCUCCGGCAAACACUCAGCAGACGUGGAGAGCAGUUAUGCCGCCGAUAUUGAGAAAGAGCCCAAUCAAGUUAGUAGGGUCGACCGCUUUGAAGCCGAGCCAUUCAAGAUUUUGAAGCCAGCGGGACCAACGAACCCUUCGAUUGCAGGGAAACGAACACAAGUCUCUCAGCCUACGUCGACGGGUAUAUUUUCGUUUGAGCGAAAGAGUCCUCCAUUGGUGACCAUCCAACCGAAAGAGAAGACAGCUGAAGAUGGCGUACCGAAGGAUGAGAAUCCUGAGGAGAACAUGCCGAAGGAGAAGGUGCCUGAGGAAGGGGCGCCUAGGGAAGAGACGCGCGAGAUUGAUGCGCCUGAGGAUGAGUCACCUCGAGAGAAAAACCUCAGAGAAAAGAAGCUGAAGAAGAAGAUAUUGAAAGAGGGAAGCGCUCGCAAGGAGGAGACGCCCAAGGAGGCGCCGGCCGCAUCCGAGCCCAGCCGGAGCCAAAAACGAGCUGUCAAGAAACAGCAGCAGAAAGGUGUUAAAAAAGCAGAGAGAGAAGCCCACAGUGCGAAUGCACAAGUGAGUAGACGCGUUCAGCAGGCUAUGAUGAUGAGGUAA